GUGAAUUACCUGAAGGAGAACAAGUUUGGGGGAGCUUUCGUCUGGGCUCUGGAUCUCGAUGAUUUCGCAGGACAGUUCUGUGGGCAGGGCAACUACCCUCUUAUUGGGCAUCUCCGCUCACUUCUUAAUACUGCAAUAGCAGACAGUUUCUUGGCUGAUACAACCAUCACUUCAUGAUGACCAAAUUCAUUUUUCUAACUGGCUUUUCUCUGGCAUUGUGUCACUUUGGAUUUGCCUCCCAACUGGCAUGUUACUUCACAAACUGGUCUCAGUACAGACCUGACGGUGGCAAGUACAUGCCAUCUAAUGUGGACCCACAUCUGUGCACUCAUUUAAUUUAUGCUUUUUCCAUUAUUAAUGUGGGAAAUAAAUUGACAACCUUUGAAUGGAAUGAUGAAACUCUCUACAAAUCUUUCAAUGGACAAAAGACCAGAAACCCCAACUUGAAAACUCUCUUGGCUGUCGGAGGAUGGAACUUUGGCUCAGCUCGGUUUAGUGUCAUGGUGUCAACAUCAGAAAACAGGCAGACCUUUAUUCAGUCCUCCAUCACAUUUCUGAGGACCCAUGGCUUUGAUGGUCUGGAUCUGGACUGGGAGUAUCCCGGUACUCGUGGAAGUCCUCCAGAAGACAAGCAGAGAUUCACUCUGCUGUGUAAGGAACUCUUGGAAGCUUAUACGGCAGAGGGUGCUGCCACAGGACGUCCCAGACUCAUGCUCACCGCUGCAGUGGCUGCUGGGAAAGGAAACAUUGAUGCUGCGUAUGAAAUUGCAGAAAUUGCCAAGUAUUUGGACUUCAUCAAUGUCAGGACCUUUGACUUCCAUGGCUCAUGGGACACUGUCACUGGACACAACAGUCCUCUGUACCGUGGCUCUGGAGACACAGGAGACAAUAUCUACUUAAAUACUGAUUUUGCAAUGAAAUACUGGAGAGAUCAGGGCACUCCUGUGGAGAAGCUGAGGAUGGGGUUUGCAGCAUAUGGAAGAACGUUUCGCCUGGCGUCUGCAGCCAGUGGAGUCGGAGCUCCAGCUAGUGUACCUGCCUCAGCUGGAACUUUCACCAGAGAGGCCGGAUUCUGGUCCUAUUAUGAGAUCUGUCCUUUCCUUCAAGGAACCACAGUGCAAUGGAUUGAUGAUCAGAAAGUUCCUUAUGCAACCAAGGGACAGGACUGGGUGGGAUUUGACACCAAGGAAAGCUAUACGACUAAGGUGAAUUACCUGAAGGAGAACAAGUUUGGGGGAGCUUUCGUCUGGGCUCUGGAUCUCGAUGAUUUCGCAGGACAGUUCUGUGGGCAGGGCAACUACCCUCUUAUUGGGCAUCUCCGCUCACUUCUUAAUACUGAGCUUCUCCCUCCAAAUACAACACAUGUGCCCUGUGAGGCCACAACAACAGCAUCCACUGCUCAAUCUACUAGACCUCAUGUUGUACCGACAGGAGCAGAGUUCUGUGAAGGCAGACCACAGGGAAUUUAUGCAAACCCAGCUGACCCAUUGACCUUCAUUCAGUGUGCUAAUGGCAGGACCUUUGUACAGAGUUGCCCUGCAGGGACCGUCUUCAAUCCCAACUGCUUGUGCUGCGACUGGCCUCAAUCUACUGGACCUCAUGUUGUACCGACAGCACGCUCAUUAGCAGAGUUCUGUGAAGGCAGACCACAGGGAAUUUAUGCAAACCCAGCUGACCCAUUGACCUUCAUUCAGUGUGCUAAUGGCAGGACCUAUGACCUAUGUACAGAGAUGCCCUGCAGGGACCGUCUUCAAUCCCAACUGCUUGUGCUGCGACUGGCCUCAAUCUACUAG